CGCAUGACGUCAUCAGUGACUGCCACGGCGGAGACGCGUCGCUCCUCUCGAGACCGGUACCGUGGAUGCUUCCGCCAAGAAAAGUAGUGCGAGCGGCCUUUCUUGUCCCGCUGGUGCCGGCGCUGCGCUGCUUCCCCGCUGUCCCCAUCGUGGCCUCUGCGGCCGUGCUCUCGCCCGAGGCAGGGAAGGUCUAGAAGCCGAGGGGAGCGGGCCGGCGCGCGGAUCCCUCCGCCUGCGGUAUCGGUGCUGCGGCCCCGCCGCCGCCAUUUUGAAUGCCUGGCUCUGGCCGCCGCCGCUUCCUCCGCUGCAGGGACCGGCCCGAGGAUGCCAGCCCCCAUCAGACUGCGAGAGCUGAUCCGGACUAUCCGGACAGCAAGAACCCAGGCAGAAGAGCGUGAGAUGAUCCAAAAGGAAUGUGCUGCUAUCCGGUCGUCCUUCCGAGAGGAAGAUAACACAUACCGAUGCAGAAAUGUGGCAAAGCUGCUGUACAUGCACAUGCUGGGAUACCCUGCACAUUUUGGACAGUUGGAGUGCCUCAAGCUCAUUGCCUCUCAGAAAUUCACAGACAAGCGCAUUGGGUAUUUAGGUGCCAUGUUGCUGCUGGAUGAGAGACAGGAUGUCCAUCUUCUUAUGACCAAUUGCAUCAAGAAUGACCUUAAUCACAGCACGCAGUAUGUGCAGGGGCUGGCACUCUGCACUCUUGGCUGCAUGGGCUCCUCAGAAAUGUGCAGAGAUCUUGCAGGAGAGGUGGAAAAGCUCCUCAAAACUUCCAACUCCUAUCUUAGGAAGAAGGCAGCGUUGUGUGCUGUUCAUGUCAUUAGAAAGGUGCCUGAACUCAUGGAGAUGUUCCUGCCAGCCACCAAAAACUUGCUGAAUGAGAAGAACCAUGGUGUUCUUCACACAUCCGUUGUCCUCCUCACAGAAAUGUGCGAGAGAAGUCCAGAUAUGCUUGCACACUUUAGAAAGAAUGAAAAGCUUGUUCCCCAAUUAGUUCGUAUUCUGAAGAACCUUAUCAUGUCUGGGUAUUCACCAGAGCAUGAUGUGUCUGGGAUCAGUGACCCCUUUUUGCAGGUACGAAUCCUGCGGUUACUAAGAAUAUUAGGACGAAAUGAUGAUGAUUCUAGUGAAGCAAUGAAUGAUAUACUUGCACAGGUUGCCACUAAUACAGAAACAAGUAAAAAUGUGGGAAAUGCCAUUCUCUAUGAAACUGUGCUGACUAUUAUGGACAUAAAAUCUGAGAGUGGGCUGAGAGUGUUAGCCAUUAACAUCCUAGGCCGUUUCUUAUUAAACAAUGACAAAAACAUAAGAUAUGUAGCUUUGACAUCACUGCUGAAAACUGUGCAGACAGACCACAAUGCAGUUCAGCGGCACAGAAGCACAAUUGUGGACUGCCUGAAGGACCUUGAUGUCUCCAUUAAAAGGCGUGCAAUGGAACUGAGUUUUGCUCUUGUUAAUGGGAACAAUGUCCGUGGAAUGAUGAAGGAGUUGCUGUACUUCCUAGACUCCUGUGAACCAGAGUUCAAGGCAGACUGCGCAUCUGGAAUAUUUCUUGCAGCUGAAAAAUAUGCUCCUUCCAAACGCUGGCAUAUAGACACAAUUAUGAGAGUCUUAACAACGGCAGGAAGUUAUGUUCGUGAUGAUGCUGUUCCCAAUCUGAUUCAACUCAUAACUAACAGUGUGGAGAUGCAUGCCUACACUGUGCAGAGACUCUACAAAGCCAUCCUUGGUGAUUACUCCCAGCAACCACUGGUACAAGUGGCCUCUUGGUGCAUCGGAGAAUAUGGAGAUCUUCUAGUGUCUGGUCAGUGUGAAGAGGAAGAACCAAUACAGGUAACAGAGGAUGAAGUUCUUGAUAUUUUAGAAAGCAUCCUGAUAUCUAAUAUGUCUGCAUCUGUUACACGAGGCUAUGCUCUCACUGCCAUCAUGAAGCUUUCCACAAGGUUCACCUGCACUGUCAAUCGCAUUAAGAAGGUAGUUUCCAUUUAUGGCAGCAGCAUUGAUGUGGAGCUGCAGCAGAGAGCAGUGGAAUAUAAUGCACUUUUCAAGAAGUAUGAUCAUAUGAGGCCAGCCCUGCUUGAGAGAAUGCCAGUAAUGGAGAAAAUCACCACAAAUGGCCCCACUGAGAUUGUACAGACCAACGGAGAGACAGAGCCAGCAGUACUGGAAAACAAACCUCCAUCCUCUGGAUUGCAGCCUGCUAGCCAGGCAAAAGAGUUGUUGGACUUGCUGGGGGGAAGUGAUAUAACACCCGUAAUCCCCACUGCACCUACAAGCAAGCCAGCCUCUGCUGGUGGGGAACUUCUUGACCUCCUGGUAGACCUCAGCCUAACAGGUUCUCCGGUAUCUGCCCCUGCGCCCCAGAUAGCACAGCCUCCAUUCCUCCUUGAUGGACUUUCAUCACAGCCUCUCUUCAAUGAUAUUGCUACAGGAAUCCCCUCAAUAACUGCAUACAACAAGAAUGGGCUGAAGAUUGACUUCACCUUUGAGAGGUCAAACACCAACCCUAGCAUCACUGUAAUCACGAUACAGGCCUCCAACAGCACAGAGCUGGAUAUGACAGAUUUUGUUUUUCAAGCUGCAGUACCAAAGACGUUCCAGCUGCAGCUUCUGUCUCCCAGCAGCAGUGUCAUCCCUGCAUUUAACUCGGGAACCAUCACACAGGUCAUUAAAGUCCUGAAUCCACAAAAGCAACAGCUACGUAUGCGGAUCAAGUUGACAUAUAAUCACAAGGGCUCAGCAAUGCAGGAUCUAGCAGAAGUCAACAACUUCCCCCCUCAGUCCUGGCAGUGAGGCCCUGGCACCAUUCUUAUUCUCACCCCACCCAAUCAAAAGAACUCUGGGAAGAAGGUUGUGAUCCUUUGUAAUCCCCCAAACUGCACCAUGGGCAUGGGGAACAGAUGAGACCUGCUAAUGAGGAGGAAUUUUCCUGAAGUGUUUGCUGACUUUGAAGCAUAUCUGUUAAGACUAUUCUCUCCUCCGCUGAUGAGGCUGGUGGCUUGUGGAGGCUAUUGUGCACUCCCUCACACAUGCAUUCACAGCCAGAAGCAACAUUCCCUUCUCCUUGCUCCCUACCUGCCCUACCCCCAUCCCCCCUGAAAAGAAACACAGCCUGGUUGGAAGAGAAGUCUGGAAUUUUUAGCAGGGAACUCUCUUCUCUCUGCAACAAGUGAACAGCUGCCCCUUCUUUCUGCUGUCUUUUUCCCCUGGGGUGGGCAAGGCGUGUUGUCAUUCAUUACUAGCUGGAUUCCUUCAGUCACCUUCAUCUGGGGCUCAAUCUGGGGACUUGGGGAAUGUCAGGCUGCCCUGUCUUCAUGUACCCCCUGUGUCUGAAGGGGUUGGAGGCUUCUUAUGGCCUAAUUAGUGCAUUAUUGUAUACACCCACCCCUUAGUUACAUGAUACAUACCAAGAGCAAGUGAGGCCUUGGGGGAGUUCAUCUGCAAACCUGUGACAGUGCAGGAAAAGAGGUGCUGGCGAGAGCUGGUAAAAUGGCUUUGGUGCUGUACUUGGAAAUGACCAAGGAAUGAGGACCUUAGUGUUGAAUUUUCUUUAUUUUCAUCAAUAGCUACAGCCAUACAGAUUCAGAGUCAGUCUUCUGUAGCUUCCCCAGAAAGUGUGGCAGUGAUGUGAGAGAUGUUAGAGGUUCAAGGAGCAGCUAGUUUUCUACCACAGGUGGUUUCAAAGCCUUUUAACUUGGUAGUAGUGGUUUAUGGGUAGAAAAAACAUAUUCAGCUUUUUAGGUCAAUCUUUGAGCAAGGACUCUGUUCCUGCUGUGAGAGGAACACACAGCAAAGUUGCUGCAAAGUUGCUCUUCCCAGUUAUUCCAGACCUUCUCCCCAGUUUGAUUUCCUGUUGUAGACCCCCUUUGGAUUCCUUUGGAUUCCAUCCGAGUUACUUCUGACUGGGACAUUUGUGUUGUAUCUGUAAUAUUGGCACUGAAAUAAAGACCAUGCAGUUUAAAGAGACCUUUUCCCAUUUUGUUACUUAAUUGAUCCCUGUAGGUUUCUCCUUGCUCCCCUUUCAGAGAUACGUGCUAGUUUAGGUUCAGACUGAAAGUAGCUGAACUGGUUUUUUGAGUGGAAGCCAGUUGUUUGGUUAUUUGGAUCCCAAGGUAUGAGGCCCAGUACUCUUCUAAGCCUACAGAAAGCAUGUUUAGUUAUGCUCCCUAGUGUGAACUGUUGUCAAGGUAGUACAGCUCUGUGAGUUCUCACAGAGGCAAUGUGUAGAACAUAAAGCACAGUGUGACAAAGCUAUUCUGAUGUUCAGCACUCUCCAGGGAGGAAAAGGGGAGGAUAUAUCUUGGAUCUUCAAAUGUGAGUGUGCUGGUAAGUGUAAGGCACUUCAGCUUGCACCCCAGUGCUUUCUCAAAAGAAACUGUUGGCACAUCUGCUUUAUUUCUGUUACGGGGCUUUCCAGAUAGUAGUCACUCAGUGCUCUGACAGCAAGCUUAGACACAGCUUUUUGCAUCUAAACUAAUACUAGGCUCCAGUCCUUGCUAAAAACAUCGCAAAAGUGGUGCUCAUUGUACCUAGAUAUUAUUGAAGACCUAUUUUGCUCUUGAGUUGGGAGCUGGAGGCCAGUAAAGGUUGUUCAGUCUGCUUUGGUUUUAACGGCAUUAAGUAAUAUAAUGUAGGACUGACUUAAGUGCUGGUCUGUGUAAAUAAGUUCAGCUUCUCUUGGAGGGCAUUUUUGCUGCCUUAUUGAUUAGACAGGUUUGCAAAGAGCUUUGGAUUAGCAAAGAGCUUUUUCUGUUCUAUGGGAAGUGGUAUCAGCAUGGAGUUUUAAAAUCUAGAAACAUGAUGUAUGCUUUCCUUAAAAGGACUUUAGGGUUGUGGCCUCAUGCCUUGGCUGUCAGUGGUGAGAUAGAUACUGUACUUCAGCUAGGAGCAUCCUGAAGCAGGCAGUCAUGCAGAAAAUGUAUGAAAAGUCCAUUUGUAGGUAUGGAACAUUGAUCUGUGUUGCUCUCACUGCAGGUGUGAGUAUUCACCAUCCCACUAGCUCAAAUUUCUGUGUUGAAGGCUGGGCUUGUUAGGUUCCAGUGAGCUUUGAGGGCAUUCCAGAUAUGAAGCUAACUGGAAGUCUUUGCCACAAUUCCAGGUCUCCCAUCCUCCUCACAGAGUUUUACAUGGUCACUUGUAGUGAAAGCUGGCAUGCCUCAGCCUCCAUUUGUUUUUGCUGAGAAAGCCCUGAUGCAGGAGCAAAGAUGAGGAGAAAGAAGUAAACUGUCUCUUACCUGGCCAGUUUGUUGCAGCAGAGUUGGGAACAGCUUAUUUUGUUCCUCUUGUUGUACUGUUCUCUCUCCCCUAGAGCAGAUGAGUUUUGUUGUUGGCCUCUGGUAAGUUUGUAGGGUAAAUUGCUAGUCUGUUCUUGGCUCCUUCAGCCACCCUUACACAGUGUGUUUGUGUUUUGGGAAACAGGCACUUUGUCAGGUGUUUCUGAGUCGAGCUGAAGGAGGUGUUUUGUGUACCUGAAAUGCAUUCUGGUUGAAGCCAUCCCUUGGCUAUGAAGUACUCCUUUGUAGCAGCCCAGCAUUCCUGUUGCCUUUGGAGCUCUUUCCCUUCCCCUUGCUAAGGGAUGGGACCCUAACAUGGCACCAGAAGAAAGGCCAGGUUUCAUACCUUCCCCGUCUGCAACACUACAUAACCAUUGCUUGCUCCAUCACCCACCCUUAAGUGCAUCUCUUAAGUUCUGUGCUGCUGCUUUGUUUUCUGACUGGAGAGUACUCUCUUGAGGGUAGGGUUUUUUUCUGCCAGUUGAAUGCAACAAUGCUAACAAGUCCUUGCUUUGGUGUAAGGGGAAUAAGAGAGCAAGAUGCAGACUUCGUGGUUUAUCUUAAUAAUUACCUGCAUUGGAGACUUUGGAGCUGGGAGAGAUUGAAUGUCUGUUUUUUCAAGUGAAUGUAUUUUGAGUCAAAACAUGACAAAGAAUAGUGGCCAUAAUGGGCCUGAAGGGGGAGAAGACAAGAGAAGAUCCAACCUUUUACUUUGUCUGGGUUUCAAUGGGACAAAAUAUAGCCUUGAACAACCUUUUGAAGCAAUAGCAGUGAGGGGACUGCCACCUAUACAGUACCUUGGAUAUAUAACUCAGCAGAUGUUGAAACAGCUGGAAAGGUGACUUAGUGCCUUCCCCAAGGCUGGUACAAGCUGCAGGAUGGAGCAGCAAAGAUGGCUUUUUUUUUUUCUUUCUUUUUUUUUUUUUUUUUAAAUCUGCUGGUGCGCUUUCUAUGUGUUCAUUUUCUACUUGGGAGCGGUGAGGGAAGGAGCCACUGGACUGCUUCCUUCUGGACUUUCACUCUAUUCCUGUAUAUUACUCCUUUUUCUUUCCUGAUGUAAUUUACAUUUUACAUGGAGCCCCAUCCCACCUCUCUGAUGGUAUAAUAAAAAAUAAAAAAAAAAAAAAGAAAAAGAAAAAAGAAAAAAAGCAACAACCCCCCCAAAAUGCAAUCAAAUUUAAAGUGAAAACUUGCAAUUUGACCAAGGAGCUUGGUGGCAUUCAAACUUUUGCAGACCUGUUUUUGAGGUGUGAAGAAUUUAAAUCCUGAGUAUUAGGUGAGUGAGGAGCAUAACGGAUGUAAACAUUUACAUGGGAUGCAUUAGACUUCUUCUGUGUGUAUUGUCUUUUGGUUGAAACAAAUUAUGAAGUGACUAAUAAAAUGAGUCGAUAUU